AUAUAAUACAUUGCAAAAAGCUUAGGUGUGUCACCAUACCAUUAAAACGCGCACCGGUGGCCAGUUUCACAGCAGCAUUUGCAACACCACAGUACGCAAGUUACUCACGGCCUAGAGUCACUGGUUAUACUUCACCAUGGCUCUACAUUGGGGCCAUCAAGUGAUCCGUAUGAGACCGGCUGCCGAGUCGGUGCAAUCUAGCGGAGUUAGCCAGCCACGAGGCGUUGCUACCAGAGCGCACAGAAGACAUAUGGAGCUAUUUGCGAUUCAAGAUAAAUGCAAUUUGCUAUCGAACACUGGGAACAUGGCAAAGGAUAUUCGCCGCACCAGCGCCCGCCCCCUCCUGCGCCCCUCCCCUCGCGGUCCCCUUCCCUCCGCUGCAUCUCCUGCUGGCGGUCCAGACCCGGCCACCGCCGCUGCUGCCGCCGGCCCCAGCUGCUUUGAGGAGCUGGCUGCGGGGCAGCAGCGCAAGUACAUCAUGAUCAGCGGCAAGGGCGGUGUUGGCAAGACCAGUCUGUCCGCCUCCCUGGCAGUGCGGCUGGCGGCGGCGGGGCACACCACUCUGGUGGUGUCCACUGAUCCGGCGCACUCGCUGAGUGACUCGCUGGCGCAGGAUGUGAGCGGCGGCCGGCCGGUGCUGCUGCAGGGCUCCGACCUGCCUCUGUGGGGGCUGGAGAUUGACCCGGAAGAGGCCAAGAGAGAGUUCCUGGGGGGAGGGGCAGGAGCAGGAGGAGCGGAAGGGGGCGGAAGCGGAGAGGGGGGCGGAGGGGGACCCAGCGCCGCGGCACAGGUGGGCGACUUCAUGAGCAAGAUGGGCAUGGGCUUCAUCGUGGACCAACUCAAGGUGCCCCACCUACCCCCCGUGGCUGACACCCAGCUGGGCCCAGCAGAGCCACCCCGGCUGCCUUACCUUGUAUCUUUCAUGGACCUGAAGCUGGGUGAGCUGCUCAACACGCCGCCCCCCGGACUGGAUGAGGCGGUGGCGGUGGCCAAGGUGGUUCAGUUCGUGCAGUCCGCCGAGUACGCUCGCUUCAGCCGCAUCGUGUUCGACACCGCCCCCACCGGUCACACGCUGCGGCUGCUCAGCCUGCCGGACUUUGUGGAGGCGUCGCUGGGGAAGGUCAUCCGUCUGCGCCGGAAGCUCAACAGCGCCACCUCGGUGGUGCGGGGGCUGUUCGGCGCGGGGGACAGCCAGGACGAGGCCGUACAGCGGUUGGAGGUGCUGCAGAGCCGCGUACGGAUGGUACGGCAGCUGUUCCGUGACCCCGGUCAGACGGAGUUCAUCAUCGCCACCAUACCCACAUUCCUGGGGGUGAAUGAGAGCGCGAGGCUGCUCCGCGCUCUGCGGUCGGAGAACAUCCCCUGCAAGCGCAUCGUGGUCAACCAGGUGGUGGGCCCCGCCCAGGGCGAUGCCUACCUGCGUCUCAAGAUGCGGGACCAGGUGGCGGCGUUGGAGAUGGUGGCAGCGGACCCCGGCAUAAGGCCCCUGAGGAAGGUGAUCGCCCCCAUGGUGGAUGUGGAGGUGCGGGGGGUGCCCGCACUUGCCUACUUUGGCAAUGUGGUGUGGAAGGAUGUGUACGACAGCAUGAACGAGGGUGCCGACCGCCGGUAUAUCCUGCUUGGCGGCAAGGGCGGUGUUGGUAAGACCAGCUGCUCCGCCUCCCUAGCAGUGCGGAUGGCGGGGCAGGGGCUGCCCACUCUGGUGGUGUCCACGGAUCCGGCGCACUCGCUGAGUGACGCAUUCGACCAGGACCUGUCCGGGGGCACCCCCGUGCGGGUGACCUCCCCCACCGGUGAGGAGCUGCCGCUGUGGGGCCUGCAGCUGGACCCGGAGCAGGCCAAGCAGGAGCUGCGGGAGGUGCUGGCGGACGAUGGGGGCAAGAAGCUGAACGAGGUGUUGGAUGGCUUGGGCCUGGGGAUAGUCAGCGAGCAACUCAAGGACCUGCAGCUGGGCGAGUUGCUGGACACACCGCCCCCGGGGGUGGACGAGGCCAUCGCCAUUUCCAAGGUAGUCCAGUUCCUGAAGGCCCCCGAGUACGCGCACUUCAAGCGCAUCAUCUUCGACACCGCACCCACUGGUCACACGCUGCGGCUGCUGUCGCUGCCAGACUUCCUAGACGCGUCGCUGGGCAAGCUGGUUCGCCUGCGUCAGAAGCUGGCCGGGGCCACCAGUGCGGUGCGCUCCUUCUUCAGUGGAGGGGGGCAGGGUGGGGAGGAGGACAGCGCGGUGAAGAGGCUGGAGCAGCUGCAGGCCCGCAUGGAGGAGGCCAAGCAGCUGUUCCGCAACCCCGCCACCACCGAGUUCAUCAUCGUCACCAUCCCCACCGUCAUGGCCACAGCGGAGAGCUGCAGGCUCGCUGCAGCGCUGCAGCAAGAGGGCAUUCCCCUCCGCACCAUCAUCGUCAACCAGGUGGUCCAGGCCAACGCCACGGAGCGCUUCCUUGCCGCCCGCCGCGCUGACCAGGCCCGCGCGCUGCAGCACCUGGCGGAGGACGGCGGACCCACGGGUCUGUCCUCGCUACAGCUCAUCACGGGCCCGCUGUGCGACCUGGAGGUGCGGGGGCUGCCGGCCCUGCAGUAUUUUGGAGGGGUGGUGUGGAAGUAGGUUAAGGAGGGUAGGGAGGGUAGGAAAUAAAACCACGCGAGGGGGUGAGGGAGUGAGCGAGGGAAGUGAGGUGCGUGUAUGGAGAGACAGACCGAGCGUGUAUGGCUUGUUAUGACGAAAUGAGAGAGGGGAAUGUGGUGGAGGCGGAAUUGGUGGUGGGUCGUUGGCAGGGCCUACUGCCAGAUACGGGCGUCCAGGUACGGGACGCCCGUAUGGGCGGGUAUGUGGGGCCCACACAUACGCACAUUGGGUACAUCGGGUCCUGUGUAUGUGGUGUCAGGAGCUGCUGCCGCUCAUUCUUGUAUGUAUAGGCGGAAGAUGGCUAUGCUGGCGGCGUCACGCUGCUGCUUUUAUGUAAUGCUACGGCUUUGCAACGG